AUGCAUCACCUUAAGCUGCAGGCUGAAGCUCUGCUGUCUACAGUUAUGGGGGGUGGUGCUGCUGCUGCAGCAGCAAACAGAAGCAGCAGCAGCAGCAGCAGCAGCAGCAGCAGCAGCGGUGCUGCUGGUGGCAGUGGAAUGCAGCAGCAACACCACCAUCACCACCACCAUCAUGCUGGUGGGUAUGGGGGUAUGGGUCCUGCUGCAGCAGCAGCAGCAGCAGCAGGAGGAGCAGCAGCAGCAGGCGAUGCAGUUCUGGACCCAAUGCAGCAGCAACUGCUGCAGCUGGAAGCGCGACAGCAGCAGCAGCUGCAGCAAGUAGUACAGGAGCUGCAGCGUCAGCAGCAAGAAGAGAGAAUGAGGCAGCAAAUAAAAGAGCUAAAAGCAGGAGAGCAUGUUAUAGAUGAAACCAUUGUCUCCCUCGAGGCAUCGCUGCAGCGUGUUGCUGCUGCUGAAACAGCAGCAGCAGCAGCAGCAGCAGCAGCAGCAGCAGGAGCAGCACCAGGAACAACAGCAGCAGCAGGAGGCAACACCCCAGCAGCAGCAGCAGCAGCAGCAGCAGCAGCAGCACCGUUUCCUCUUCUUGACCCUACAAAUAUAAAUACACUAAAUGAUAGUAUAUAUAUAGAGACAAAAAUGCGGCUGGGGAGACAGCUAGCACAGCAGCUGAAAGCAGCAACAGAAGCAGCAUUAGGUAGAUAUGCUGCUGUGCUGCAGCAGCAGGUGCAGCAGCAGCAGCAGCAGAUCUCUGCUGCAGCAGAAACACUGCUUGCUGCUGCUGCUGCUGAUGCAGCACAAAGAAAACAACAAAUAGAAGAAGAUAUACAAAAAAUUACGACGAUGAAUAUGCAGACAGAAGCAGCAGCACAGUUGCUGCUGCUGCAGCAGCAGCAGCAAGCAGCAUGGGAAACAGCACAGACACAGAAUUUUGCUGCUCUAGAUAUACUUCUUGAUGCUGCAGCACAAACUGCUGCUGCUGCUGCUGCUCUUCCUGCUGCUGUUGCUGUUGAUCUAUCAUCACUGCAGCAAGCACAAAGACAAGCACAAGAAGCAAAAAGAGAGAUAAGACAAGAAAAAGCAAAGCUGCAGCAGCUGCUGGCUAUCCUUGAGUCUCAUCUAGCUAGCGAGCAGCAGCAGCAGCAGCAGCAGCAGCAGCAGCAGCAGCAGCAGAUGAUGAUGCAGCAGCAGGGACUCUUCCCCUUCUCCUCCAUGCAAAGACAACCAGCAGCAGCAGACGAACCCUAUGCUGCUUAUGCUCUACCACGGCAGCUGCCGCAGCAGCAGCAGCAACAGCAGCAGCAGCAGCAGCAGCAGCAGCAGCAGUACUUGAUGCAGCAGCAGCAGCAACCACAGCAGUUCCAUCAUCCACAGCUGCAGCAGCAACACAUUCAUCAGCAGCAUUUCUCACACAUGCAUCCGCCGCAGCAACACAUGCAGCAGCUGCAGCAGCAGCAGCUGCUGCAGCAGCAGCAGCAGCGCAACACUAUGCCUCCCAGCAGCAGCAGCAGCAGCAGCAGCAGCAACAGCCACAGCAAUAGCAGCAGCAACGGCAGUGGCAACAGCGACAGAAGCAGCAGCAGCAACGGCAGCAGCAGCAGCAACGGCAGCAGCAGCAGCAACAGCAGCAGCAAGAGCUGCAGCAACAGCUGCAGCAAACGCAACGGAAGCACCAGCUGCAGCAGGAAGAGCAGCAGGGAAACGCAGCAACGUGAGAUGCAGAUGCACCAGCAGCAGCAACCGCAGCAGCAGCAGCAGCAGCAGCAGCAGCAGCAGCAGCUGGAGCAGCAGCAGCAGCAGCAGCAGCAGCAGCAGCAGCAGCAGCAACAGAGGGAAAGCUAA